AACAGACACAGCAGUGGAAGAACACCAGAUCUUCAGUCCAAUGGAUAAGCGAUCCCACCGACGCCUCAUACCAUAGGAUAGAGGAGUAUUCUGAUGAUAUAUCUACAAUCCCAGACAGAUUUGUUAAUCAACCUACACUGUAUGACAAAAUCCCAACUGGAUAAGAAACAGGAUGCUGAAAGUGAUUUACUAUGGACAAACUACAGACGGCUUCACAUCAUCCUAGCAGACCAGUGUCUACUUCAAAAGAAAGAUGAGGCUGGUCUCUGCUCAGUUUGAACUAUUGGUGGUUUGGAUCAUAGGCUCCUGGGGUUGGUUAAGUAAUAAAUGCGUCCUCUAUGACAAGAAAACGAAUUACUGGCUUUCCAUUCACUCCAGUUCCUGCCCUCACAGCAACCUAACUGCCGUUUGCUGGGAUUUAUCUGAUCUCAAACUCAACCUUUCCAUUGUUCCGUCAAACUACCAGGCUCUCUGUCUCGAGAUCAGGAGUGGGUCUGUGAUGCAGUCUGGGGCUUUAUCUCGAUUCUCCGUCCUUGAGACCAUUCACAUACGCGGAUGUCUGUCCACGAUUCUCCCUGGAACCUUCAAGGGGCUGUCCCAUGUGAAGAAACUCUAUCUGCUGUGUAUGGAACAGUGUUACAAUUCCUCACUUCUACCUAACACAUUCAGUGACCUGACUAAUCUUGAGGAAUUGUCCAUUGAGAACUACAGGCUUUCUGUGAUGGCACCGGACGCAUUAGGAGGGAUACCUCUUCUGAAGAAACUCACAGUCGAUAGUUGUGCAGAAGAACUCUCUGAUUUGCUAUGUAGGAUAGUCAAUAUGUCACAGUCAUUGACAGCCCUGGACUUCACUUCAGAUGGCAUAGUCAUUUUAAGGCAGCCAAACUGUUCUGACACCAACGGAGCUGUUCUUGAGUUUCCUUAUUUCUACCGUCUUCAAGAGGUGUUUCUUAACUUCCCUAAUGCCCACCGUUUAGAAAAAAGAGCAUUAAAAUGCUUUGAAAACAUUUCCUCUCUUUUUUUGCCUGACAAUGAUGCACUACAGACACAGCUUCUGCAGUCUGGUAUCAGCAGGCUUCGUCAUUUUGUGUUCAACAAUAACAUUUCUUUUGAAUCGGUUUGUGAGACUGUAUUCAAACUAUCAAUCAGACAAGUUCAUAUAAGUGACCAUAAAACUGAGAACUACUCAGAGUCUGCAAUAAGAAAUUGUCAGGGGAUCGAGGUGCUCAGACUCAGCAUCUGUCAUAGUGAUAAUGUUAGAGUCAACUUGAUCCAUUAUUUGAAGAAUCUCACUGAUGUGUCAGUGUUAAGAUACUGGGACGUUAAACCUGAGUGCAUUGAGCUUUGUGACACUCACACUCAGGGCCCAAUCACAUGGCUGAAGAGACUUUCCUUGACCCUAUACAUGCCAAGUAUCACCUCAGAGCAGUUCAGUUGCUUGAAAAAUCUGGAACAUCUGGAUCUAGAAUCCAGCAACAUUAACAAUAUUUCGGACUUUACAUUUAACGGACUUGGUAAAUUGAGGAUCCUAAAUUUAAGGGAUAACAAUAUCUCUCAGAUUACAAAGAACACUUUAUUUGGCCUGCACAACUUAGAGACCCUAACACUGGAACUAAACCCACUUGUACACAUUGAAGCUUUUGCAUUCAUUCACCUCACUUCACUGAAGAAUGUAGAUUUAGGGGACAUUCACCAUCCAGCCAGCCAGUGGGAGAAGCGUGUGACUUUAAAUCUGACGCACAUAUUUGGGGUCUUCCCUCCGGGAUUGAUGUACAUGAACAUUACCUCCUUUUUCGGUUGUAUCAACAUCAUCAUCGGCAGCAACAGCACCCCUAAACUAGGCUUGGCCCUUCAGGUCCGUGCCAAAAAUGUGUCUUUCCAGGACUGCUGGAGGCCGUUCUUCAAGUCCGUCGUCAGCCUCACAGCUAUGACGGAGCACCUCCUGUGUGGAUCUCAUUUUGCUGCAAAGUACUUCCCCUCCCUGGAGUAUUUUGACUUCCAGUCUAUGCUCUAUGCAGAGUUUGUAGAUAUGACUGACCUGAACACACUUGUGCAGCUGAGGUAUCUUAAGCUGAUGAGAGUUGACCUUAUCCUGCAACCGGGGCUGGCCAUCAUGUUCCGCAAUCUGACCAAACUGGAGAGCCUGAACCUCAUCUCCUGUAGGAUCCUCACUCUGGAGGAGGAGCUGAGCAGAGACCUGCACUCCCUCGUGCAGCUGUCAAUCAAAGUCGAAGAGGAGUUCAGUAUGUUAGAGACCUUCCCAGAGCCCCUGACCAGCCUGAGUUACCUGUUGUUCUACAGACCUCGUCUGCACUGUAGCUGUGACAACACCUGGCUGGACAACUGGGCCAGGGGUCAGGGGCAUAUCCAGGUCAUCAUCUGGCACCCCAAUGAGGCUGAUCUGACCUGUAAAGAUGAGACUGGUAUCCAAAACUUUGCCAGGUACUCAGAGGCCAACUGUUCCCUGGACGUGGGCUUUGUCCUGUUCUUCUGCACCUCAUUGGGCCUGCUCCUCUUCAUGCUGGUGACGGUGCUCUAUCAGCUGGCUGGGGACUACCUGCUGGCCUUCUGCCACAUCCUCCGUGGCUGGAUGGAGGAGGCCGUGCGGAGGCCCAACCCCAGAGGGCGCCACUGCUAUGAUGUGUUUGUGUCGUACAGCGGUAGAGACGAGCGCUGGGUGGUGGAGCAGCUGCUGCCGGGCUUGGAGCAGAGGGGGCCUCCCUACCUGCGCCUCUGUCUGCAUAGUAGGGACUUCCAGCUGGGGAAGGACAUUGUGGACAACAUCACAGACAGCCUCUACAGCAGCCGCCACACCCUGUGUGUGGUGAGUCGUCACUACCUGCGCAGUAACUGGUGCUCCCUGGAGCUACGACUGGCCACCCUGCGUCUGUUGGUGGAGCACAGGGACAUCCUUAUCCUGGUCUUCUUGGAGGACAUCCCUCCUCGCCAGCUGUGUGCCCACCACCGCCUGGCCAGGCUGGUCAAGACCAGGACCUACCUGGACUGGCCUCAGGAACCGGCUCUGCAGUCUGCCUUCUGGGACCGUUUGUGGAUCAAACUGGCCCCUCCUGAACCAGAUCCCAGACUGUAACAUUUACAUUUUGCUAAUUUAGAAGACCCUCUUAUUGAGAGCGAGGUAGAGUAGUGAGUGCAUACAUUUUCGUAUUUGUAGUUUUUUUUGUCAUAAUAGCACAACACACAAGAUAUACAUGACUACCUUUAUCAUGGGUAUUUUGAAUUUACAGACAUGGGAAAAUAGUCACUUUUUACAUUUUGUUCCAUACUGUGCUACCUGCAUUGCAACAGAUUUUGGUUGUGUCUUAUUCUUUGAGUUUAUUUUAUUUUAUUCAACAUUGCAGAUACAUUUUUAUUGUUUAACAUAUUGUGUUGUUAUUGUUUUUUUCUUUGCUUCGCUUUCAUUAAACUUCCCUGUUGGAAGGAAUGUAUAUAUAGUAUGCCUUGAUCAUUUGAUACCAAACACACACAAACACACUAGAGGCCAGUCUGAUAUUGCGUACUGAAUGUCAAGAUGUCCAUACUUUAAGAGUAGGAAAAUGAUUCACGUAUACUGUAUUGUUGAUUGCACUGUGCACAAGACAACACAAUAUAGCCUCGCUACUGUUUUUCACUGUCUUUUUACUGUUGUUUUUAUUUCUUUA